UUUUUUCUUUCAACGCCUCCCUUACAAGAUGGCUACGGCUGAGGUGGCCGGGAGUGAGGUGCUCAGGAUGGAGGAGAAGAAGUUCGAGUAUUUCUGCUCGAUCAAUCCCAUGGCGAGGAAGAUCAUGCUAGAGAAGCAAAAAAUCAAAGAAAAAUACGGCCCCGAAUGGGACGUAAUGAGCCCCAAGCAGCAGGACACCGUCAUCGAUAACUGGAUGAUGGAUCCCAUGAUCCAGGCUCGGUACGCUAUGCACAGAACAGAGAGGGUGGUGCCCGUUUGUUAUCCCAAGUUACAGAUCCAGACGGGACAGAAGAUUGUGCACUUUGGAGAAGAGGAUAUUACAUGGCAAGAUGAACACUCUGCACCUUUUUCAUGGGAAACAAGGAGCCAAAUGGAGUUCAACCUGUCAUGUCCAGCAGUACAAGAGAUGGGCAUCAUCUCAGCACAAGGGGACCAGAAACCUCCAGUUAAAACAUCCCAGCCAAUAAAAGCUGUUCCUCAUGGAAACAACCAGCCCAAGAUUUGUCAAAAUGGUAAAAACACCAAUGCAGACACUGUUUUGCCUGCAAGAAAAGAGGAAGAGUCGUCAUUUUGGAAAAUCAGUGCAGAAAGAUCUAGACUUGAAGGAGGGCAGUCAGAAUUUCAGUCUUUAACUCCCAGUCAAAUAAAGUCUCUGGAAAAAGGGGAGAAGCCACUGCCUUCAUACCUUAGACAGGAGUCUUCAUCAAAAGAUAAGGAAGAGCACAAAACAGACAAACAGUUGGCCUCCAAACAAGAAAAGCCUGUUAGCGUCUCUUCAACGGUGGCAGAGUGGGAGAAGUCCCAGACCCCUCAUGCAUCUGUUAGUACUUUUGACGAAGUUUUCACACCUGCCCCGGACAGCAAAGAUUCAGCUACUAAAGAGAAUGAUAAGGACGAGUCAAUUUUUGAAGAAAACCUGUUUUCCCAGGUAAGAAUCUGCUGCUGUUAGAAUUUUCAAUUCAUUAA